AGGCUGACGAGUGCACCCACAACAAUGGCGGCUGCUCGCACAUCUGCAAGGACCUGAAGCUUGGCUACGCCUGUGAGUGCCCACCAGGCUACGAGCUGCUGGACAAGAAGACAUGUGGAGACAUAAACGAGUGCGACAACCCCGAUGCCUGCAGCCAGAUCUGCAUCAACUACAAGGGCUACUUCAAGUGCGAGUGCCACGCGGGCUACGAGAUGGACACGCUGUCCAAGAACUGCAAGGCUGUGGGCACGAGCCCCUCCCUGAUCUUCACCAACCGACACGAGGUGCGCAGGAUCAACCUGGGCAAGCGGGACUACGCACCGCUCAUCCCCAUGCUCAAGAACGUUGUGGCCCUGGACGUGGACGUGGCGGCCAACCGCGUCUACUGGUGCGACCUGUUCUACCGCAAGAUCUACAGCGCAUCCAUCGACAAGGCCAGUGACCGGGCCGAGCAGGUGGUCCUCAUCGACAGCCAGCUGCACUCCCCCGAGGGCCUGGCCGUGGACUGGGUGCACAGACACCUCUACUGGACUGACUCGGGCAACAAGACCAUCUCCGUGGCCACUGUGGACGGUGGCCGGAGGAAGACCCUCUUCAGCCACGACCUGAGCGAGCCUCGGGCUAUUGCUGUGGACCCCCUCCAUGGGUUUAUGUACUGGUCUGACUGGGGAGACCAGGCCAAGAUUGAAAAAUCGGGCCUGAAUGGAGUGGACCGACAGGUGUUAGUUCUGGACAACAUAGAGUGGCCCAAUGGCAUCACCCUGG